CAGCAGGAGGAGGAGGAGACAGAGGAGGAGACGCAGCAUCUGCCGCUCCUGGGCGACUUUUAUCCAUUGGACCGUGUGUCCUUCGCCCGGCAGUGAAAGUGCAGCAGGCGGAUCCCCCUCAGCAGCGGGGAGGAGAGAGUUAAAUCGAUAAACACGUAAUCGCUCUGCCUCUUCUGCAACAACAGAUCGCAGCGGCCGCGCGUCGCUUUCCCUUUACAUCGCGUGUUGCGAUUUAUUUCCUCAUACAAAAGAGAUUUUUCUUUCCUGUUUUUAUCCCACUGGCAGAGGACAACAAGGCUGGAAGGUGAUCUUUCUAGAGCAGCCCCUGGAUCUAUCAGCCGACCCCGCUGUGCUUUGUAGCCAACAUGUUGGACCCGUCUUCCAGCGAGGAGGAGGCGGAGGAGGUCGUGGAGGAGCCUGAAAUCAAAGAGAGUCAGGCCCCGACCACCGGGACUCGCCUCUCCCCCAGUCGGACCAGCGAGAGCUCAGGGGGGCUACAGCCCAGUAGUCGCAGCAGCAGCAGUGUCCGACCCUCCAGCCCCAGCCCCUCGGUGGUGAGUGAGAAGGAGAAGGAAGAGCUGGAGAAGCUGCAGAAGGAGGAAGAGGAGAGGAAGAGGAAGCUUCAGCUCUAUGUGUUUGUCAUGAGGUGCAUCGCCUACCCCUUCAAUGCCAAACAACCUACCGACAUGGCCAGGAGGCAACAGAAGAUAAGUAAACAGCAACUUCAGAUGGUCAAGGAUCGUUUUCAGGCCUUCUUCAAUGGCGAAACCCAAAUUGUGGCCGAUGAAGCUUUUAUGAAUGCCGUGCAAAGCUACUAUGAGGUCUUUCUCAAGAGUGAUCGUGUGGCCAGAAUGGUGCAAAGUGGAGGCUGCUCCGCCAACGACUCUCGGGAAGUGUUUAAAAAGCAUAUAGAAAAGAGGGUGCGCAGCCUCCCCGAGAUUGACGGCCUCAGCAAAGAGACUGUUCUGAGUUCCUGGAUGGCUAAGUUUGAUGCUAUUUACCGCGGGGAGGAAGAUCCCCGCAAACAGCAGGCGCGGAUGACGGCGAGCGCAGCGUCUGAACUCAUCCUUAGCAAAGAGCAGCUCUACGAAAUGUUUCAACAGAUCCUGGGAAUUAAAAAAUUUGAGCAUCAGCUUCUGUACAACGCAUGCCAGCUGGAUAACCCCGAUGAGCAAGCUGCCCAGAUAAGACGUGAAUUAGAUGGCCGCCUUCAGAUGGCAGAUCAGAUUGCAAGGGAGCGCAAGUUUACAAAAUUUGUCUCCAAAGAAAUGGAGAACAUGUGCAUUGAGGAGCUCAAGUCUUCUGUGAAUCUACUCAUGGCGAAUUUGGAGAGCAUGCCCGUGUCUAAAGGAGGGUCAGAAUUUAAACUGCAGAAGCUGAAGCGCAGUCACAAUACGUCAAUUAUAGACAUGGGCGAAGAAAAUGAGAACCAGCUGUCUAAAUCUGACGUUGUCCUCUCUUUCAGUUUAGAGAUUGUAAUAAUGGAAGUCCAAGGAUUAAAAUCGUUGGCCCCAAAUCGCAUCGUUUAUUGUACUAUGGAAGUUGAAGGGGGUGAAAAACUUCAAACUGACCAAGCUGAAGCCUCCAAACCCAUGUGGGGAACACAAGGUGACUUCUCGACCACCCAUGCGUUACCUGCAGUCAAAGUGAAGCUCUUUACAGAAAGCACUGGAGUUUUGGCUUUGGAAGAUAAAGAACUUGGACGGGUUGUUCUUCACCCUACACCGAAUAGCCCCAAACAAUCAGAAUGGCACAAAAUGACAGUAUCCAAAAAUUGUCCAGAUCACGAUUUGAAAAUUAAAUUAGCAGUUCGAAUGGAUAAACCACAGAACAUGAAGCACUGUGGGUAUCUGUGGGUAAUUGGUAAAAAUGUCUGGAAGAGAUGGAAGAAAAGAUUCUUUGUUCUUGUGCAGGUUAGCCAAUACACUUUUGCCGUGUGCAGUUUCAGAGAGAAAAAAGCAGAACCUCAGGAGCUUCUUCAGCUGGAUGGAUACACUGUGGAUUACACUGACCCACAGCCAGGUUUGGAAGGUGGCAGGUCAUUUUUCAACGCAGUCAAGGAAGGAGACACUGUGAUCUUCGCAAGUGACGAUGAACAAGAUCGGAUCUUAUGGGUUCAAGCAAUGUACAGAGCAACUGGCCAAUCUCACAAGCCUGUGCCUCCAACCCAAGUUCAAAAGCUAAAUGCAAAAGGAGGCAACGUACCACAGCUUGAUGCUCCAAUAUCCCAAUUUUCUGGACUGAAGGAUGCUGAUAGGGCACAAAAACAUGGCAUGGAUGAAUUUAUCUCCUCCAAUCCGUGUAACUUUGACCACGCCACCCUAUUUGAGAUGGUUCAGCGACUUACACUGGAUCACAGACUCAAUGAUUCAUACUCAUGUCUGGGUUGGUUCAGUCCAGGUCAAGUCUUCGUACUUGAUGAAUAUUGUGCAAGAUAUGGAGUCCGUGGCUGCCAUAGGCAUUUGUGUUACCUAGCCGAUUUACUGGAACGAGCAGAGAAUGGGUCAAUGGUUGACCCAACCUUACUUCACUAUAGUUUUGCCUUCUGCGCAUCCCAUGUACAUGGCAACAGGCCUGAUGGCAUCGGAACUGUAACGGUGGAAGAAAAAGAGCGGUUUGAAGAGAUCAAAGAACGGCUUCAUGUGCUUUUGGAGAAUCAGAUCACACAUUUUAGGUACUGCUUUCCAUUUGGCCGACCAGAAGGUGCUUUGAAAGCCACUCUGUCAUUGCUGGAAAGGGUUUUAAUGAAAGACAUAGUAACGCCUGUCCCUCAAGAAGAUGUGAAAAAUGUUAUCCGUAAUUGCUUAGAACAAGCAGCCUUAGUUAACUACACAAGAUUAUCUGAAUAUGCCAAAAUCGAAGGGAAAAAGAGAGAAAUGUAUGAACAUCCUGUCUUCUGCUUGGCCUCCCAAGUGAUGGAUUUAACCAUUCAGAAUCAAAAGGAUGCAGAAAAUGUAGGCCGGUUGAUAACGCCUGCCAAAAAGCUUGAAGAUACAAUACGGCUCGCAGAACUUGUCAUUGAAGUUCUACAGCAGAAUGAGGAGCACCAUGCAGAGGGGAAAGAGGCAUUUGCUUGGUGGUCAGACUUGAUGGUAGAACAUGCGGAGACAUUCCUUUCGCUUUUCGCAGUGGAUAUGGAUGCUGCUUUAGAGGUGCAACCACCAGACAGCUGGGAAAGCUUCCCUCUAUUUCAGCUAAUAAAUGAUUUCCUCCGGAGUGACUAUAAUUUAUGCAAUGGAAAAUUCCACAAACACCUUCAAGAUCUCUUUGCUCCACUCGUUGUGAGAUACGUUGACCUCAUGGAGUCAUCAAUCGCACAAUCAAUUCACAGGGGCUUUGAGCGUGAAUCGUGGGAACCAGUAAAGAGUUUAACAAGUAAUCUACCCAAUGUGAAUCUACCAAAUGUGAAUCUCCCUAAAGUACCAGUUACCUUACCAGUUAACCUCCCACAAAUGCCUAGUUUUUCUGCACCGUCAUGGAUGGCAGCUAUAUAUGAUUCGGACAAUGGAUCAGGAACUUCAGAAGAUCUGUUUUGGAAGCUGGACGCUCUACAAACAUUCAUUCGAGAUCUUCAUUGGCCUGAGGAGGAAUUUGGAAAUCACCUAGAUCAACGCCUUAAACUUAUGGCUAGUGAUAUGAUAGAGUCAUGUGUCAAACGAACUAGAAUUGCAUUUGAAGUCAAGCUGCAGAAAACCAGCCGAUCGACAGACUUCCGAGUACCACAAUCAAUAUGCACCAUGUUUAAUGUUAUGGUUGAUGCCAAAGCUCAGUCAAUGAAACUUUGUAGCAUGGAAAUGGGCCAAGAGCACCAAUAUCACUCGAAAAUCGAUGAGCUAAUUGAAGAAACAGUUAAAGAGAUGAUCACACUCUUAGUGGCAAAGUUUGUCACUAUUCUAGAAGGAGUUCUGUCUAAACUCUCCAGAUAUGAUGAAGGGACAUUAUUUUCCUCAUUCCUGUCAUUUACUGUGAAAGCAGCUUCCAAGUAUGUGGAUGUACCAAAACCUGGAAUGGACGUUGCCGAUGCCUACGUGACAUUUGUACGCCACUCUCAGGAUGUCCUGCGCGAUAAGGUCAAUGAGGAGAUAUAUAUAGAAAGGUUAUUUGAUAAAAGGCUGGAUGGUAAUAGUUCUGUCAUGUACCUGAGAAUAUUUGAGCAAUGGUAUACCAGCACAGUGAAUGUUAUUUGUACUUGGCUGACCGAUCGCAUGGACCUGCAACUUCACAUUUAUCAGCUGAAAACCCUUAUUAGGAUUGUCAAGAAAACCUACCGUGACUUUCGAUUGCAAGGUGUGUUGGACUCCACUUUAAACACCAAGACCUACGACACAAUUAGAAACCGACUUACCGUAGAAGAAGCCACAGCGUCUGUCAGUGAGGGAGGAGGCCUUCAAGGAAUCACAAUGAAGGACAGCGAUGAAGAGGACGAAGAUGAUGAUUAAGUAUUUUGGUUUAGAGUCUCACUUGGAUGUAGCCUGGUACCCAUUGCAUGUCUGUUCUUCAUUAGUCACAUUAGAAAAUGUUCUGGCAGCUCUAAACACCCAUAACAGUUUUCUCAAUAUGAUUUCCAUCCUAGCUGUGUGUUACUCAAACAAGCACCUACAUCUGGUCCAUGGGUUUCCUGUCUUCAAAUCUGUAUGUUCAUAUGCAAUAUCCAGCACCCUUGUUUAAUACUGUUAAUUGAAAUAUAUAGGAACUAUGCUAGGUUUGCCCCAGUCAUCAGCAGAAAUUACCCAAUGCUUCAUUACUGUAAUGUACAUACGUCGAUGAUUAAUUGUUGUGAAAAUGAGUGACUAGUUCUCUUUCAUUUCUUUGGCGUGGAUUUAAAACUGCUCAAAUGAAUGAAAAACAAAGAAAACAAACAAAGGUGUUCUUAGAGUAAGGCUACACCCAAAAAGGGGCAGUCGAUGUGAUUAGUUUGAAGCCGAGAUUCAACCCACCCGGAAACCUUGUUUGUCAAUCAUAGACUUUUACUUGAACAUUCUGCCGGUUACAUUGAGGUCACAUGCUCAACGCGUUAGUAUUCGGAUUCUGCCACCUUGUUUCUAAUCGAGCAAGUCGCAAAAACCAUUUUAUGUUGGAGUCUUCUCUUUCAAUGUUACAUUUUAUUUAGGUUUUAAUAAAAAGUGUAUGUAAAAAUUAAAUUUAAUAACAAAAUCUUAGACUAUAAACUGUGUUUAUAAGAAUAUAUAAUACUUAUUUCCGUAGAUUGUAACCUCGAUUUACAUUAAUUUGUGUUUCACAAUUGUUUUUAUAUCUGCCAUGUACAUUGCAUUUUAACCAGUAAAACUGCAUGGCACCCGGGGUCCCUCAAGAAGCUUUUUUUUUUUCCUUUGGUGUAAAAUAGUGGAUCCAUGUUGCUUUUGCCUUACUAAAGCCUACAGUUGUAAAAGUGUGAGGACUGUGGCUUCUCAAUAAAUAACUAUUCAGAUGUCCAAGA